CAGGGAUAGAAGCGAGAACGCGGCGUUGUCCACCGUGGUCGGUGGCUUCCUCGUGGCUUCCUGUGGUCGUGCUAGUUUGUUGGGUGGUUGUGCACAUUUCAGCAUGGGAAAGAGAGAAUUGAGAAAUGUAAGCAGUAUGCACUAGAGAGAACCAGCGCACCAUCACCCUCAACAACAGCAACAACCAUCAAUACACCGCCAAAGUCCACCGCUCCGGAAUCACGCCGAGCGAGGGAAGCGCUAUUAGAGUAUGUGCGUCCGAGCGAAUCCUUGCACGGUGUUUUUUAGUGAUCUAGACGAACCUCUUUUCUAUACAGAAUCGAACAAAGGAAACUCUCGCAUUCGCAGAGAAUUUCCCCCUCUAUCGCAUCUGCCACAGGACUUACCUGGUAGUUCGGUAAUCGUUACUGCAGCGGCAUACUAUCCUGCUCCCUUGCUUAAACAAGUCCACGUUCACUUUAGACUGUUAGCCACUGCUAGUGCGGUACGGGGUUUUGGGAGUUGUUUGCUGAAGGCAGCUGCGCGAAUGGGAAUGCGUAUCGAAAUUGCCGGAAGUGUUGCACUGACCAACGGGAGCUAGCUAGAGCCUCCUCUGACUCGAUACAGUGCAAUACACUCAGUGCGUCCUAAGCUCUUAUCUGCUUUCUGGGGGUCGGGCUGUAUCUUCUUCUACGACACGAUAAAAGCGAUCGCGCGCGUGCGUGCACCGGUCGUAGAGCGGGUUCCCGAUGAUGGAUGUGAGAAGUCGAUCGAUCGCGCUGUGCCGAUCUGUGAGCUAUCGGAGCCAUUUGACACCUUCGUUCGUUUGUCCGCGUCUCCCCGGAGCUCCAGUACCACCGCAGUACUCGCGCGCAAACGUGUACAAAGCAACAAAAGGAAACGAGUGUAGUGUGCUACUGAGCGCUGCCAAGCGUGCAAGAUGACUGCACAAGCAGCUCCAGGUGGUGGCGAGGAGGAAUCCGAGGAAGCCGGCCUUCGACCGAGGCCAUCCUGGAGGCAGACCUGCUGCAACUGGUUGCUCUGCCGUUGGUCCAAGGGUAACCGAGUGUCGCAGAACGGUGACACGAUGACGGUGCCAGUCGGUGGUAAUAGCGGGAGCAAGACGAAAAGAGCCAACCAUGUCAAGUCGACGCGCUACUCGCUGCUCACCUUUCUGCCGCUCAAUCUGAUCGAACAGUUUCUGCGCCCGGCGAACGCCUACUUUCUCACGAUGUCGCUAAUCUCGCUAGUGAUCGACAGUCCGGUAUCACCGCUGACCUCGCUCAUGCCGUUAACGUUCGUCGUCGUGCUGACCGCCGCCAAGCAGGGGUAUGAAGAUUUCCUUCGCUACCUCACGGACCGCAUAGUGAACCGGUCGCCGGUGGCGGUCGUGCGUGACGGCCAACGGAUCGAGAUCGAGUCGCAGCAUAUCCGGCUGGGUGAUAUCGUGGAGCUGGCGCGCGAUUGUGACAUCCCGUGCGAUUUGGUUCUGCUGCUGAGCUCGGACCCGAGCGGCCGAUGCUACGUUACCACGGCAAACCUGGACGGCGAGACGAACCUGAAGACGAUGUGCGUACCGCGCACUUUGCCCAAGCUGCCCGUCACCGAGCUACACCGGCUCGGUACGGUCGAGUACGAGCAGCCAAACACGAACCUGUACAGUUUCAGUGGGCGCAUCGACCUGGCCAGCGAGCACGCGGCUAGCGCAGGCACUGGCGUCGUACCGCUCAGCGCCGAGAACGUCCUGCUGCGUGGCUCACGCAUCAAGAACACCGAAUGGGCAAUCGGGUGCGCCAUCUAUACCGGAGCGCAGACGAAGCUAGCGCUCAACAGCAAGACGCGCCGGAAGAAGAUCAGCUCGAGCGAGCGCUACAUCAACCGGUACCUCGUGUUCUAUCUGAUCCUGCUGCUGGCGAUGGUGCUGGUGAGCUUUUUCCUGAAGCGGUACAACGACCGGUACCGGCAGGAGCACAACGUGUACCUCGGCGAAAUCAUAAGCAACUACCAGGUGGCCCAGUUCCUGCAGGACUUGUUCGCAUACCUCGUGCUUUACAACUACCUGAUACCGAUCUCGCUCUACGUGACGAUCGAGAUGGCCAAGUUUUUGGGCGGGUUCUUCAUGGAGUGGGACCGGCAGCAGUACGAUUCGGACACGGACCAGCCGUUUCUCGUCAACACCUCCGACAUCAACGAGGAGCUGGGCCAGAUCCAGAUCCUCUUCUCCGACAAAACCGGCACACUGACGAAGAACGAGAUGAUCUUCCAGCAGUGCUCGGUUAAUGGGCGCCGCUACGCACAGGUUGGCCGCCGUUUGCGCGCAUUCGGCCGCCAGAAGGAACAACUGCUCAAGGAACUACCGGCUGAAGUGUACAAGUUCUUCGAGGCACUGGCCAUCUGCCAUACGGUGCAGGUGGCUAACGCGGACGCACCCGAAACGAAGGAGGGCACGGGCGAGAACGUACCCGAGGAGCGCACGGGCGAGAACGUACCAGCGGAGCCCGUGGAAUGUCUUAUUGGCCAGUAUGAGCUCGGCGCUAAUUACCACGAUGAGAGCAGCCAGGACGACAUCUCGAUGACAGCGACGACGUCGGCAAAGACGGGCCGGGAGGCCCGGUUGGCGGUGGUGCGUGAAUCGCCCAACAGUACCGACGUUAGCGUUGGUUCACUGUUGAACCAACCAACGGCCAGUCGCGAUACGCUGCAGGCGCAGCAACAGCCACUGGAAAUUUCCGACAUCACCCUCAUCGGAACAAGCUCGUCGUCGGCCAUAGAGCUGAAGCGGGCCUUUUCGGCGUACGAGGAGGACAAAUCGAACGUCUCGGGCAAGGGCCACCGUCGGACGGUGUCGCACAUUCCGGUCAGCGUUAACCGGCCGACCAGCUACCAGAUGGCACUGAACGUUCCGGUUACCCUGUCCGCUUCCAAUUCACUGCGGCGCCAUCGGAGCACCGUGUCGCGCACCUCGUUGCGCGAAUCGUAUGCGGCACCGGCCUACAAUGAGCGUACUCGGAUCGAGCGGCAGGAGUCGAUGGCACAGCGUAGCCUGUCAUCCGAUUCCUAUAUCUGCAAGUACGACUACCAGGCGUCGAGUCCGGACGAGAAGGCCCUGGUGGAGGCGUGUGCCCGCGUUGGGCUCAUCUACACCGGUGACACCGACGAGCGGCUCACCAUCACGCUGGACAACGCGUGCGUCGAUCGCGAACAAAACGGUCCUACAACCGCCGAAAUGACCGUGCAGUACGAACGGUUGGCCGUACUCGAGUUCACCUCGGACCGGAAGCGUAUGAGCGUGAUUGUUACCGACCGGAACGGCCAGAAGUGGCUGUACACGAAGGGUGCCGAGAGCCACGUGCUACCGCUGUGUGUGUCCAGCCAGCUGAUCAGAACCACUCAGAGCCACGUCGAUGAAUUCGCCCGGUGUGGGCUGCGGACGCUCGCCGUCGCACGGCGCCGGUUGACCGACGAGGAGUAUGAGGAGUUUCGCGUCGAGCUGAACGAGGCCAGCAGUUCGCUGGUGAACCGGGCCAGCAACAUCGAGGCUUGCCAGCGCCGGAUCGAAUCUCGGAUGGAGCUGCUGGGUGCGACGGCGGUCGAGGAUGCGCUGCAGGAUGACGUGCGCGCCACCCUCGAGUCGCUCGGCGACGCUGGCAUCAAGGUGUGGGUGCUAACCGGGGACAAGGUCGAGACGGCGCUAAACAUCGCGCUCAGCUGCGGCCACAUCCCGGAGGCAGCACAUCGCUGCUUCAUCGUCGACUGCAGCACGCAGGAGCAGCUGGUGGAGCAUCUGGAUGCGGUCUCGAUCGAAAUGUUGCGCUACCGGGACGAACCGUUCUCGCUGCUGAUCGACGGCAACAGCCUGGCGGUGGCGCUCGAGACCACGGCCGAGAAGUUUCGCGACGUUAGCAUGCGCUGCUGUGCGGUGCUCUGCUGCCGGCUGAGCCCGCUGCAGAAGUGCAAGGUGGUACAGCUGAUCAAAACCGCCAAGGGCCGUCCGAUCACGGCGGCGAUCGGGGACGGGGCGAACGACGUCUCGAUGAUCCAGGAGGCGCACGUCGGGCUCGGUAUUGUCGGCCGGGAGGGUCGUCAGGCGGCCGCCUGUGCCGAUUACGCCAUGGCCAAGUUCUGCAUGGUGAAGCGGUUGCUGUUCGUGCACGGUCACUACAGCAGCGCCCGGCUAACCACGCUAGUACAAUAUUUUUUUUACAAAAACCUUGUAUUCAUGGGCGUACAGUUCAUGUUCCAGGUCCACAGCAUGUUUUCCACCCAGUCGGUGUUCGAUUCGGUUUUCCUUACGCUGUACAACGUGUUCUACACGGCGGUACCAGUGCUGAUCACAGCCACCACCGAACAACCCUAUCCAGCGCGUAUGCUAAUGGACCGCCCGGAGCUGUACCAGAAGGUGGCCGGCAGUAAACAGUACGGCUGGAAGGCCUUUCUCGGUUGGACGCUGCAAGGCAUCUAUCACUUUCUGGUGAUUUUCUACUUUAACUACGCGAUCUGGCAAAUCAACGCGGCGAUCUACGUCAAGUGGCCCGGCAUGUCCAGCUUCGCCUGCUUCGGGACCAGUCUCAUGACGCACAUCGUCAUACUGGUCAACAUGAAGCUUCUUUUCGCUACGCACAACAAGACGUUCCUUUUCCUCGGCACCGUCGCGGGUUCCAUUUUCUUUUACUUCUUCACGACCUUCAUCUACAACCUGCUGCACGUAAGCUACGAUGGGUCUUUGCUGAACGUAUUCAACUAUUUGAUGUCAUCGUUAACGUUUUGGCUGCUGACAUUGGCCGUACUGCUGACCGGACUGCUGCCAGAAUUGGUCCAGCUGGCGCUGCAAGCGAUGGGGAUCAAGUUUGGUAACAUCUUCCCUGGGGCCCGGAACUACCGCAAACGAUUUUUCGUGCGCCGCGGCGAAGAGGAAGUGCAGGUCACGGAGCUGUAGAUGGGCGCCAAACGAAGUCCCAGUGCCAGUCAGGCGGAUCAUUUCAUUUUUGUUCUUUCAGGAUUAGACUAACUUAUUGAAAUUUAGGGCGCUUCUAAACGGGGCUUGUUUCGCGAAUGGAAUGAAAUUAUUAGAAUUAAUUAGGCCAAGGCCUGGGCCAGCUGUUGCGAGGGAGGAGCGAUAUACUUAGUACAAAAACAGGACGCGGUCGACGGAUUGCUGCCGCCAGCACACUGUUUGGACUGACUGAGCGUUUGAAACCAAUAGUUUUAGCUAGUAAGAAGAGCCCGAUGCCGCCACCCGGGCUCGCUUCCGCGUUCGCAUUGACAGUAUUGCUCGAGUAUUAUUAAAUUGAUGGACGAUAUGAACGAGACCGAACAAUCCCCGCCAGAAUGGCAACAAUGACAAUACGGUCCCGCGUGCCUUAGCUAGCAGGCAGUAGAAGAGUAGCGGCGCGAAACUGGCACGAAGCCAACCGAGACUAAACUUGGAUAUUUUUGAUGAAUUAAUCCACCGAAGUGGAGGCGCGAGUUGCGCCGAACGUACAAUAAAUUACCUCUUUGUUCCUUCUUGUGUUCAAUGCAAUUGAACCUCA